CAGACCGCUGCUGCUCUCUGCUAGGUCUCACAGCAGCGGUGACAUCACUAAGCUCCGCCCAUGCCCCAAGCCGGGUGCCCGGAGCUGGAGCUAACGGACAAGAUUAACGGAGAUCCCUGCCACGGAACGGAACAAGGUAUCUUGGCCCACUCCCCAUAAGACACUGCUCCAGCUGUCUCAGAUUCAAGACACCCUGUGCCAGAUGCAGCAAAGCUGCCCCAAAACAUAACUGAGCCUCCUCCAUGCUUCACAGUAGAUCUAAGAAAAUGGGAACUUCUACCGUCUGGUCUCCUCCAAGAAGUGCUAGCGGGACAGGUUAAGACCAGAAGCAGCCUAAAGUCAAUCCAGGUGUGAAACCAUCGGAAUCUAUCAAAAUACAAAAUUUUAAUCCCCUUUUGUUUUUUUUCCGACCACAUGGAACUUGCGAAGCCACCAAAAACGCUGUCACUUAGUGAAGUUGGGCAGUUGCCAGUUGUCCAACAAGAAGGCCUGGUUUAGGCUGCGAUGGCCACUGUCAUUCCUGGUGAUUUGUCAGAAGUAAGAGAUACCCAGAAAGUCCCUUCAGGGAAGCGUAAACGUGGUGAAACAAAACCAAGAAAAAACUUCCCUUGCCAACUGUGUGACAAGGCAUUUAACAGUGUUGAAAAAUUAAAAGUUCAUUCAUACACUCACACAGGAGAGAGGCCCUACAAGUGCACACAACAAGACUGCACCAAGGCCUUUGUUUCCAAAUACAAAUUAUUAAGGCAUAUGGCUACACAUUCUCCCGAGAAAACCCACAAGUGUAAUUAUUGUGAGAAAAUGUUUCACCGGAAAGAUCACCUAAAGAAUCACCUUCAUACGCAUGAUCCCAAUAAAGAAGCAUUCAAGUGCGAAGAAUGUGGAAAGAACUAUAAUACCAAGCUGGGUUUUAAACGUCACUUGGCCUUGCACGCUGCUACAAGUGGAGACCUCACAUGCAAAGUAUGCUUGCAGACUUUUGAAAGCACAGUGGUGCUGCUAGAGCACCUAAAGACCCAUGCAGGCAAAUCUUCCAGUGGUGUUAAAGAAAAAAAACACCAAUGUGAGCAUUGUGAUCGUCGCUUUUACACCCGCAAAGACGUCCGCAGACACAUGGUAGUGCACACUGGGAGAAAAGACUUCCUUUGUCAGUAUUGUGCACAGAGGUUUGGGCGUAAGGAUCAUCUAACCCGUCAUAUGAAGAAAAGUCACAAUCAAGAACUGCUGAAAGUGAAAACGGAACCUAUGGAUCUGUUAGAUCAUUUCACCUGCAGCGUUCCCAUUAAAGAUGAGCUGCUUCCCGUGAUGUCCUUAUCUUCCAAUGAGCUGACAUCAAAGCCAUUUACAAACAGUUUGCAGUUGAACCUCUAUAACACACAAAUUCAGUCCAUGCAGAGUUCUGCAACACACCAAAUGGUCGCUCCGCCAUUGUCUUUGGGCAUGCCAUGCCCAAUAGAUAUGGAUCCUGUCCAUCCUUCUCACCAGCUGUCGCUGAAAUACCCACUCAAUUCUACCUCAUAUGCAGUUUCAAUGCCUGAUAAGGAACAACCAUUGAAAGUGGAGAUUGAAAGUUACCUUAUGGAAUUGCAAAGUGGCAUGGCACCCUCCUCCCAGUCUCCUUCAUCUAAGUUAGGUUUGGAUCCUCAAGUAGGUCCAUUAGAUGACAGCUCUGAUGGAGUAUCCCUCUCUAAAAGCUCUGUUUCGAUUAGUGAACCUCUCAAUGCAUCUUCACUGGACUUUAACCAGUUGUUUAAUUUCAUACCAGCCAAUGGCCCUCCGUACAGUACACCUGUAUCAAUUGGGAGUUUAGGAAUGGGCUACUCUCAAGAGGAGGCCAGUUCAUCGAUGGCACAACUCCCCCCACAACCACAGGAUCCUCAAGACCCUAGCAAUAAUAUAUGUUUUGGUUCUUUACACUCACUAUCAUCUGCUUUUACGAGCAACCUAAAUACAACCACGACAUUGCCACGAUUUCAUCAAGCUUUCCAGUAGGAUUGAAUACAAUGGAUUGCUUUAGAUAGCUGUUUUUUUUUUUUUUUUUUUAUCUUAGUGCCAAUGAAAAGGCUUUCGAAACACCUCUCAUAGUCUAUUCAUUAGCAAUCUUGUUAAGCCAGUACAUUGUUAGCUUUUCACCUUUUUACAAGUGUCUUAAUUGUUUACUUUGGUAUUAGAAGCCUUACUAUAUGCGGUUGUAUUUUAUACUGCCAGCUGUCUUGUUUAAUUUUUUUUUGUUUCUACCUGUAGAAAUUGAUCUUUUUGGCUCAGCUUCCUAUGAAAUAAUUCAUAGCAGUCAAAUUUCACUUAAAGAAGAAUUGUGGCUGAAAUACUCAUUUCUGAUGGUUUUGUGUGAUAACCUGACAUACGUUACAGUGAUAAGUGAAAUCUAUUUCUUAUUCAAUUGGCAACAUGUAGGUGAUGAAGUGUAACCUAUGUGUACCUGCCUGCAUCCAACUGGCAAGCAACUUCAGUAUUAUGCAAUACAAUCGUUUGUAAAAUGUUGGUUGCACUUUUGCAUGAACCAGAAUUGAGAAUUCAUUGACAAAAUAGUCCUCUUUACCCUCAUGGUUGGCAUUUAAACAUUUUUUAUUUUUUUAUUUUUAUAUAAUUACCAUUUCUUGCCAGAAGAUUGUAUGGAAAUGCCUCAACCUGUAGUAUUUGACUACUACAUAUGUGCCUUCAAUAAGCCAGUGUCCUAUAUAUCUAUAUAUGUUAUUUUAUGCGACUAUCUGUUGGAAUGGUUCUGUACUGCCAUUCAUCAGAUAAACGCUGCCAGCACUUGCAAAUAUACUUGGUUAGGUUUUUGUUUGUUUGUUUUUUUUUUUGUUUUUUUUAUUACCAAGAUUUCACAUCAGGACUCUAUUGAGUUGCGUAAAAGCAUAUUGCUUACACCACUUUUGCUUGGUAACCGUUAUAUCUUGCCCCAUCAACAUGCUCUGCUAUCUGUUAGACAUUAGGAAGAAAAACAGAGUCUAUAGCUGAAGAGUAUGGUUAAUAUAUAUAAAUAUAUAUAAAAAUAAAUUAGUUAUAAAUAAUGCAUACCAGAUGAAAUGUGGCAGGGCAUAAAUAUAAACAUUAUGGGAAUUUAAAAGUUUCCAUUUUAUUUUCUUAGUAAGACUUUUUAGCUAUUUUGUUCUUCCUGUAACUUGUAAAUAUUCAUUAUAUGUCUAACAGUAUUUUCUUUUUAAAGGCAUUAUAUAGUAGGGAUAGUAUUUUUUUAAAUGCAAACUGCUUUUUGUGUUUCAGAGUUAAAUACGUGAAAACAAAAAACACAAAACUAACAAAUCUGUGCUUAUGGAUUGCACACACAGCUUUGAUUUAAAACUUUAUCCUAUAGUUUCUAUGAAACAAAUUAAUGGCUUUCAUUGAGCAUGUCGUGUUCAACGUUGCCUUCUUUUUCUUCUCAAAAUAAAAAAUAGAAGGGAAUAUCUGAAAUAUUUGUUAGGAACCAUUUUGCGGGAGUUUUUUUUUUUCUUCUGAUAAUACGUGCUAUAUCAGCUAUUGCUCGUAUUUUCAGGUCUAUGUACAACACAUUAAUUUGUGCUUGGUAUUUGUUGUGUUUGAAAUUAACAAUUGUUUGUGUAGAUUUUUAGUGUUUUUAUGCACAAGAUGGUUUAUAUCGCAACAAAUAUUUCCGAAUUUCAGUCUCUCCUCAUUCCCAUUUAUUUCUAGCCAAAACAUCUGAAUAUCAUAGUUUCCGAUUAUUUUAUGCCACCGUUUAUGUAGGCGAAAUAAAAUUUUUGCCACAUCCUGCAUCAUGGCCUUAUAUUGGAUUUUUGGGGGUAAAAAAGUGCCAUAUAUUUAUAUUGUAAUAGUAUACAGUGACCCCCCGACAUAUGAUCAAAUCGACAUACGAUAGCCUCUCAGAGGCCAUCGCAUGUCGAUGUCAUCAUCGAAAGACGAUGCUUUUUUAUGUCGGGCCCAUCGCAUUAAGUGCUAUCCGGCAGCGCAAAAUGCUUAAGCUGCUGCCGGAUAGCAGCUUAAUGUUCCCCGUGUGGUGCGGUAAGUAUUACUUACCCCUCCACGAUGCUCCGGGGUGCCCUCCAGGUCCAGCGCUGGUCUUCCGGUGUCUUCUCGGCCCUCUCCGAUGACAUCAAUACGCUGCUGCGCACAUCAUCCAAUAGGAAUGGCGUACGCAGCGGCGUAAUGACGUCGCUACGCAGGCCCAGUAAGGCCUUGCGGAAGACAGCAGAGGACCGGAGAAGACCAGGAGAGCCCAGCGGAGGCCCGGGGUCACCAUCGGGAGCGGCGGGGACACCAUCGCGAGCGGCGGGGACAGGUGAGUACAGCUUCCUAUACUUUACAUUGCACGAAUCCCUCAACAUACGAUGGAUUCGACAAACGAUAGCUCGUUUGGAACGAAUUACCAUCGUAUGUUGAGGGACCACUGUACUAUGUUUCAGUUACUAUUUGGAUUUAGAAUUUUAUGUAUUUGUAUGUGAAAUAAAUAUAUAUAAAAUUUGUGCCCUCUCCCUUAAAGGAAUAAAUAGCCAAUUUUUUUAAGUCAAAGAAUUUUUUUCUUUUAAAGAAUUGUAUUCCAUUCAGAAAAAAAGACAAUAUGUUGAACCUCAAUAGGUCAUCAUGGCUUCAAAUGGGCUAUAACGUAACAGUUGUCUUACCCUAAACUUAAAACAUAUGAGCAGUUAAUUUACUAAUGCCUUAAUAAACAGCCCCACUAUGUUCAUUAUAUCCUUAUUUCUAUUUUCCAAUACCUAUUGGCCACUUUUUAGUAUUGGACAUGCAUUCUCUUAUACACACAGGAGCACUGGAUGAGUCCAUUACUAAGAGGUUUGAUGUUUUGUUUCCAGAAUUAUUCUGUUUAAAGUGUCCCUCCAAUGUUAAUUUGCCACCUGAACUUUAAUUCGGAUAUCAAGAGACGCAACCACACAUUAGUUGGUGGGUUUGGCAAAGUGUUUGUAUGCCACCCAUAAAGCAUGGUUUUAUAUCUGAUAACCCAACUUGCCCACGUUUGCUGUUUUAUCUCUCCACAUCCAAAGUUCAGGUAGCAGACUAACAAUGGAGGCAUACUGUAAGUUUAACAUUUUCUUCUAUGCUUGGUACAUUCUGUAUGUUUGUUGAAUAUCCAACCUCUAAUUUGUGGAUUACAAUGAGUUGUUAAUUUUAGCCAGUACUUUUUAUUUUUAUUUUUUGGCAUCAACAUAUGCUUACUGAUACAUGAGCCAGGCCUGUUUGCAUUGAGAAUAUGAAUGUUAAGAAGACCUAAUUUCAGGAUCAUUUACUAGUUAGCUUGAUGUGUGUCAUAGGCCAAUAUUUUGUAAAAAAAAACAAAAAAAACAGAAAAAAAUAUUAAGCUUGGUUGACCUCUGUUACACAUAUUUUGAGAUAUAGCACUUUUUUGGGAAAUUUAAAAAAAAGCUAAAAACAUUGAAACCUUUUAUGACAAAAUUAAGGUAAUGCUUUUUAUUAUAGACUCUUUCUUAAUGUGUUUGUUUUCCAUUAGAUGAAAAGCAUGUAGGACUUUAGUAAAAAUGCUUUGUGUACAAAAUGAUAAACCCUAGUUUUGAACAGGUACAACUUUAUUAACAGUGUUUGCUUAUCAGUUUGCUAUAUUGCACAAACCAAUGUCUCUAUCUGUUUUUGUUAUUUUAAGAAAAAAGAAAAUAUAUUUUGCUGCCAGAGAUACUUGUGGAGUAUUGCAGAAUUUCACAGUGGAUUCUAAUCACACAAGUGUUAUCGCUACUUUCAGUGGUUACUGAGAAGGAUUACACAUUUCAUGACACGCUGCCUUCUUCUUUAGUCAAUAUACCAUAUAAACAGGCACGCACAAAAGAUUUCAGAAUGUUGUAAUACUUUGGAUCUAUAGCACUCUUAAAUUGUAACCUUUGCCUGUUGUCGCCCAGUUGCUGCUGUAUUACAUCCCAGCUGGGCCUGCUUUUCCCAUGUAAAAUUUUAUAUUUGCCCACCUCACGGUGUAAACUUGGAAAGGUCAUCAACAAAUCAUUUUCAUACCAAAAAGCGAGAAAUUUUGUUAUACAUUAAUUUGCAGUGUUUCUAGCAUAUAAAACCUUUUGUCAUUUUUCUUUUUCUUUUAAUGUAUCCCUGUUUGUGCUGCCUCUAAUGUAUGAUGUUUGCUCUGAGCAAAUUCAGUUUCCUUCCCCUUCUGGCAGCUGACAACAUAGUCCCUUCUUACUUUCUCUGCAGAUGGGCAUCAUGAGAUCUAGAGUAGUGAAGGUAGAGAUUGUGUGACAUCCAGAGAUCUAGUUGUGGGGAGAGCGACUGAGCAUGUGUCCACUAGCAAUCAGCUCAUUAGGUGGGCGUCCACAUUGCUAGGCACUUUGAACACCAGUAGGCAUCAUGCCAUGUAAGUAAAUGUCAUAACUCUUUCCUGAACAGUAAAUGAUAUAUAUAUAUAUAUCUUGCUACAUAGUCAAAUUGUUAUCAGUAAAGUUACAUCAUAUAAGCCCAAUAAAGUAAACUAUUGCUGUAAUGUAAUAAGCACCUAGGGAAUGAUACAAAGGCCAUACAUAUGGACAGAUGUCUCAAGAAUAGUGAGUGAAAUCAUCUUCUCAUCCUAGAGGCAUUGCAGGCACUUAACCCCUUAACGACGCAGGAUAUAAAUGGGUCUUGGUGCGGUGGUACUUAACGCACCAGUACAUACAUUUACAUCCUGUACAUAACCGGCAGGUCCUGGCUGCUAAUGGCACACAUAUGCAAAUACACUCAUGUGUGCCAUUAACCCCUCAGAUCAAUACAGAUCACGGCAUCUGCUGCAGCGCUGUCACUAAAAUGGAUGAUCGGAUCGCCGGCAGCACUGCCACGGGGAUCCGAUCAUCCAGCAUGGUGGCCGGAGGUCCCCUCACCUGCCUUCCGCCAUCUCCAGGGGUCUUCUGCUCUGGUCUGAGAUCGAGCAGACCAGAGCAGAAGAUGACCGACAACACAGAUCAGUGCUACGCCCUAUGCAUAGCACUGAACAGUAUUAGCAAUCAAGUGAUUGCUAUAGAUAGUCCCCUAUGGGGACUAUUAAAGUGUAAAAAUAAAAGGAAAAAAAUACUCUCCCCCGAUAAAAAUGUAAUUUGUCCCUUUUUUCCCAUUUUACCCCCAGAAAGUGUAAAAAUAAAUAAUAAUAAUAAUUAAUAAACAUAUUUGGUAUCGCGUGCAUAAAUAGCCGUACAAUUAAAAUAUAAUGUUAAUGAUCCCAUAUGGUGAAUGGAGUGAACGUAAAAAAAAGCAUUUUAUUCCCCACAAAAAUUGAAAAAUGUAGUUUUAUAUUAGCAAAGGUGGGAUCAAUAAAAAGUACUGAUCACAGCGCAAAAUAUGAGACCUCAUACCACCCCAUAUACGGAAAAAUGAAAGUUAUAGGUCCGUAAAAUAGAGGGAUUUUAAAUGUACUAAUUUGGUUAAAAAGUUAGCGAUUUUUUUUUAAAGUGGUACAAUAAUAGAAAAGUAUGUAAUCAUGUGUAUCAUUUUAAUCGUAUUGACCCACAGAAUAAAGAAAACAUGUCAUUUCUAUCGUAAAUUGUACAGCGUGAAAAUGAAACCUUCCAAAAUUUGCAAAAUAGUAUACAAAUAGUAUUUUGUUGGUUGCACCAUAGAUUGUAUGUAAAAGGAGUGAUGUCAUUACAAAGGACAACUGGUCACGCAAAAAACAAGCCCUCAUACUUGUCUGUGGAUGAAAAUAUGAGUUAUGAUUUUUAGAAGGAGAGGAGGAAAAAAUGAAAACUUUAAAAUAAAAUUUGUUGAGUCCUUAAGGUUAAAAUGCGCUAAGUCCUUAAGGGGUUCCCUUUCUAAGAAGCUAGGGAUAAUCAUUGUGAGGGGUUUUCUAACUCAUUGAAAAACCUCAUUUGACAUUAUCAGGUGUCCCUGACCCUCACAAGCAGUAUUUCCCCUUUACAAUGUCUUUAUGGCUAGCAUUAUAUAGAUUCCAUUUAUAGAAAAAAACUGUUCCCCAAAGUACACUCACCACCCAAAACAUUAGGCAAAUACUAUUAAACACAUAACUAUUACCUAUCAAAGGCUUGCUUAGCCAGCUAAUAUUUCCCCAAACUUCCUCAUAAACAUGCAUGUCAGCCAAGGUUGCAUUGAAAAUGGGUUAAGCGCCUCAGUAAGCCCUUAUCUCUAAGAAAGGUUGAUGUGUUAAAAUUCAACAUGGCCAAUCCUUGUUACCCUCCAGUGACAUUGUCAUUGGAAAGUCAGGCUGCUGUAAUUUACACAAAAUUUAAGGUGGUACCGAUGGACAUCAGUAUAGGGAAAAUGAAGACCUGUUAAUGUGGCCAUACACAUUUAAGAAUGUUUGACCGGCCAACAGCUAUCACCAGAUCUCCCCAUACACAUGAACAUUUGCCAAGGCACUGCCACAUAGCUCUGAGAAGAAAAAAGACCUAGGUAGUUAAAAUCCAAUUUACCUGGUCCUUCUCUCUCCUGAUAUCAUCUGUUGGGGAAGAGUUGGGAGGAAAGCUCACACUUAAGACAAGGUGGUUUUUGUUGACUAUUGACUUAAUUGUAUGGGGACCUAUAGGCUAUUCUGUCUGUGAUAAUAGCUCUUAUCAGGCAAUUCCACAAUGGACCCAUUGCUAGGAAACCUGAAAGAGGGCUGGGAAUGUCCAAAACAGACACUCUCUUGAAAGCAUAAUCUAUUUUGUACGCAUAUUUCAGUGUCCCCUUUGAAUAUAAUCCUAGAUUAUUGCACAUGUGAGUUGACACUCGGUAACCUCUGUCUACUAUCCUAUAGCCCUACCGAUGUAUGCACUUAUUUUAAGCAUGCUAUAUUAAUAUUAUUAUAAAUGAAAUAAAAAAAGAAUGCUCAUAACUUCCUGUGCAGAACAGACUUCUCUGUACAAAGGUUGUUACCUGUAUAUCCUGAAGAUGCAUGUCAUAAAGUAAUCGAAAACCGUUUUGGUCAUUUUGGAAUGAGACACCAUUUUACCUCAAAAAGUAGUACCAACUUUUAUUUUUUUAAGAAAAGAUGUUCUCCACCAAAGUGAAGUUAAAUGAUUCCACAUUACCCUAGGACCUAAAAGAGAAGGACCAGCAUAUAUUAAUGCAUUAGGUCCUGUGUAUGUUUGUUUGGAAAUCACCAGUACAAUAAAUAGUUUGUCUAUUGGUACGUACAUCUUUCAUAUUGACCUUUUUAUUGAUGAACAUAAGGCAAAGGGCAAACAGUGUUUAACAAAUGGUGGCCCUAAAAGGCUGCCAUUUUUGUCUUGCCUAGGUGGAAGGCAAUGUGUCUUGAUAUGUUUUCUUGCCAUGAAAGUGACUUUACGGUUACUAAUCAUGUGUAAACACUUUUCAGUAAAAGCUUCAGUGGUACAAUCUAACCAGAAUGAAUGUCUCUUCUCAAAAACACUCCUGCAAUAUUGUUCUGUUGGAUCAUCAUGCUGCUAAUGUAACUAGGGAAACCGUUCUUUAAUGGUGCUACAACCUUCCUGUCACUUACAGAUGUAUUUUUACCAUAGAAAAAGGACUAUUUUAUUAUAGCAAUAGUUGUAUGAUAUAUUUUUAUACUGUGAUCUAGUUUACCCUUUUAUUGAACUUUGUAAAACACCACAGCAUAUUAAUAUGCACUUACAGAAAAAAAAGAAAAAAGUAAAAAAACUAAAAAGGCAAUGAACGUGCCGAUUCAUAUAUAUAUAUAUAUUUCUUUUUCCUCCAAAACGUGCCAGAUUUUUGUUCACUUAAGUAAAUAUACAAUGAAUGAAAUGGACGUAAUAUAUAGUGGAGAGUGAAGAUCACACUGUGUAUUAGGAACUGCCAUUUACAUUUUUGUAUUACUAUUGAAAACUUUUUGGGACGGAUAAAUCUCUUCUGACUUUUUGACAAAAUUAUAUCUUCUAUCAGUGGGGGAAAAAAAACACGUUUGGAUUUACAAGUGCUAAAAAAAUUUUUUUUAGUUUAUACAAUAAAACGUUUUUAAAGUCAAAGUGGAAGAAAUUGCAUUCCAGACUAAAUUUUAUUGUAUCUUGCAUAAAAAAAAUUAUAAAGAGAUAUGGGAAUUUGUGUUGCUUAUCAUGUAAAUGUACUUACAAUGUAUUCACAAACUACUGUUGUAUUUGUAUAAAUAUAGACAAAAAGAUUGCAUAUAUAUUUUUGUGUAUAAGCUCUGUAAAAUAGCAAUCACAAUAUGAAGCUGCAGCAGGUUGUCAUGUUGAGCAUUUACAUCCAAAGAGACAGACUAUUUAUUGUCCAGAUUCUCUGAUACUAAAAGAUACCUUGCUGCUAUUUUAAACAAUAGAGCUGCAGCUUCUCAAGGCCUACAGUGUUUGCUGUACAAAAUAUGUGAACUCCACAAAAUCAAUAAAAUUGCA